AUGCACCUCCAAACCCUCCUCCUCUCUCUAACCCUAACCCUCACCAUCCAAACAACCGCAACGCCAAUCCCAUUCUCCCUCUUCACCCGCGACAAUGCCCUAACAGAAUCCCAACUCAUCGCCAUCGCCCCCACAUCCAAAUCCUGCACCGACGCCCCAGCAGAAGGCGAAUGCGCCACAGCAAAGCAAGCCGCAAAGUACACCUCCCAAGCCUUCGACACCUAUAAAGUAACCUCCAAAGCCGAGCAAGCUGCCAUAAUCAGCACAAUGGCUUUUGAAAGCGGUGGUUUCAAGUAUAACAAGAAUCAUUUCCCGGGCGUGGCUGGGCAGGGCACACGCAACAUGCAAUCUCCAGCCUACAAUAAAAAAUACGCUUCCUCCCUGCCGGAACUGAAGGACAAACUCCCCAGCGUUAGUAACAGCCCGGCAGAGCUACUCGAUCUCCUGCGCAACGAUCCUGUUACGGACUUUGGCUCUGGAGCUUGGUUCCUUACUACGCAGUGCUCGAAGGAGGUGCGGGCUGCACUUGCUGAUGGCUCGGAGAUGGGGUGGCAACGGUUCAUCUCGGAUUGUGUGGGGACUUCUGUUACCGAUGAGAGGAAGGCAUAUUGGGAGAGGGCUGUUAAGGCGAUUGGGGUUUAG